UCCCUUUCCUGAUUCCCCACCCGCACCUGUCCCAUCAGACAUCCAAACCCUCCUCGAUCGGUUUCCGAAAGUCCUGGCCGAGCCACGUGGAGUCCCCACGCGACCGGUCCGACACACCAUCGAGUUGGUCGAGAGUGUUGUUCCUCCAAAGGGCUGCGUGUACCGUAUGGGACCCGGCGAGUUGGAGGAACUUCGACAACAGAUCGAUGAGAUGAUUGACAAAGGGUGGAUCAAACCUAGUGAAUCCGAAUUUGGUGCUCCUGUGCUGUUUGUGCCAAAGAAAGGAGGCAAACUCCGCAUGUGUAUUGACUACCGCGGUCUAAACCACAUCACAAGAAAGAAUGCUUAUCCAUUGCCUCAUAUAGAUGACUUGCUUGAUGCCGCAGGCGGGUGCAAAGUCUUCUCCAAGAUCGAUCUCAAGUCUGGCUACCACCAGAUUGAAGUCGAUCCUGCGGACCAGCACAAGACUACGUUCAAUACACGCGACGGGCUUUAUGAGUUCACCGUAAUGCCCUUCGGUCUUACGAACGCACCCGCCACUUUCCAAAGCCUCAUGGACAAGGUCCUCCGCGAACAGAUUGGCCAGUUUGUGGUAGUGUACCUGGAUGAUAUUCUGAUCUUCAGCAAGUCCAUGGAGGAACACCUCAAGCAUCUUGAGGAGGUGCUCGUUAUUCUCAAAAAGACACAACUCCAUCUCAACUUGGAGAAAUUUGAGUUUGGGAAGGAUAGCGUCAUCUAUCUUGGGCAUCGGUUGUUUGCUGCAGACCUAGAGCCUAAGGCAACCAAGAUUGAGGUCAUACGCGAUUGGCCUCAGCCUGCGAACAUUCGCGAAUUGCGUUCUUUCCUUGGUCUCGCGUCCUACUAUCGAAAGUUUGUGCCCCGCUUCUCUAUUAUUGCUCGUCCAUUGUCGCGACUAACCAGUAAAAAUGUGCCUUAUUCCUGGGAUGCCGCGUGUACGGAAGCCUUUCGAGCUCUCAAGGAAGCCUUGGUAAGUUACCCGGUACUCUGCAUUGCAGAUCCCAAACUGACAUUCGUAGUUACCACGGAUGCAAGUCAGUAUGGAAUUGGUGCAGUGCUGCAACAAGAUGACGGCGAUGGCCUGCGGCCACUCGAGUACUACAGCAAACGAAUGCCCAGCGUAAAGGUAGCCACCUCCACCUACAUGCGCGAGCUCUAUGCUUUGCGUAUGGCGUUGGAUCACAAGAAACAUUAUCUUUUGGGACGCCACUUCAAAGUCUUCUCAGAUCAUGAGACCUUGAAGUGGAUCAAACAGCAAACUACCCUGUCCCCUACCUUGCUUCGCUGGUUCCAUGAGAUUGACAUCUUCGAUUUUGAAUUAAGACACAAAAAGGGUUGUUACAAUCGAGUCGCUGACGCAUUGUCUCGCCACCCUGAGUACACGACUUGCCUUGUGAAAUCCUACGACCUCCGGAAGAAACUGAAAGAGGAGCUCGUAGAGCAGACAGCCAAGGAUCAAGAACUUAGUUCCAUCCUUGAGCAGGUGCAGACUGAUCCUAGUAGUCAGCCUGAUUUCCACGAGUAUGGAGGACUGAUUUUUCGUCGCUACGGGAACCAUGACCGUUUGUGUGUGCCCAACCAUAAGCCUCUCCGCACACACUUUCUGGACUUGGCUCAUGGCCGGAGCGGGCAUUUCGGUAUGGCAAAGACGUACGCUAAUUUGCUGAGACAGUUUGAUUGGCCUGGCGUGAAAGGGACUGCUGAGAAAUUUAUGGUUGAAUGUCAAGUCUGUCAACGGAUCAAACCAUGCAGACAAAAGCCCAUGGGGCUACUCACACCCCUACCCAUUCCUGAUGGUCCCGGGAGUCUGUCUCCAUCGAUUUCACUGAUAUGGGUAAGGUAAGCAAAAACGGGUAUUCACAAGUCAUGGUGAUUGUUGACCGAUUUUCAAAAUUUCUUAAUCUGAUCCCUUUGUCGCCCCACGCCCCAACAAAUCUAGUGAUUCGCG